AUGGGUCUCUGGGAUUCUCUUCUCAAUUGGCUCCGCAGUUUGUUUUUUAAGCAAGAGAUGGAGCUUUCUCUUGUAGGUCUUCAGAAUGCUGGCAAGACUUCUCUUGUCAAUUCAAUUGCUACAGGAGGAUACAGUGAAGAUAUGAUUCCAACUGUUGGGUUUAACAUGCGAAAAGUGACUAAGGGGAAUGUCACGAUAAAGCUUUGGGAUCUUGGUGGGCAAAGGAGGUUUCGAACAAUGUGGGAGCGUUACUGUCGCGGUGUCUCUGCUAUUGUGUAUGUUGUAGAUGCUGCUGAUAGAGACAGUGUUCCAAUAACUCGAAGCGAAUUAACCGAACUCCUGACAAAACCUUCCUUAAACGGGAUUCCUUUGCUUGUUCUUGGAAACAAAAUUGACAAGUCAGAAGCUCUUUCCAAGCAAGCAUUAGUUGAUCAACUAGGACUCGAGUCACUUACAGACAGAGAGGUUUGUUGCUAUAUGAUUUCAUGCAAGGAUUCUGUAAACAUCGACGUGGUCAUCGACUGGCUUAUCAAACACUCGAAAACUGCGAAAUGA